CCCUCUGGGCUGGCCCGAGGCCAGGUCUAGGGGCUAGGCCUUGUGGGGGGGUGGGUCAGGAUGACUGCUGGUCUGCAGAGGAGCCUAGCAGUGGUGAGUGUUGGAGACUGAGUGGUUUUGUUUUUGCUUCUCUUACUUGGAUGAGGUGUCAGUAGGAAGGAAGAAACCAGACAAAUGGAAAAAGCAAAAAGCCUUUACAUUGAGCCUCUGCCAGCAGUCCUGAGAGCCUAGCCUCUACUUGGGGGCUUGCAUGCCUGAGCACCCCAGUCCCUCAGUUGCUCACUGCCUUCCUUUGGGGGAGAUGGGAAGAGGAGCAGAGAGGUGACAAGUGAUUGGCCUGCUCUGUGAUCUUGUACAAGUCACUUAACCUCUCUGAACCUCAGUGUUCUCAUUCGUAAAACAAGAGGGACGAAACUCUAUCACACACAGGGUUGUUAAGUAGGCUGUGUGUGGGGACGUGCUUUGAGAAUUGUCAGGACGGUACUGUCACAGCAGAUGCUAAAUCUGAGAGCCUGGGCUUUGCUUUGGUGGAGGUGGUUUCCCUGGCUCCUCCAUUCACUUUUUACAAUCACAGAAUCAUGGAGUUUUAACUGGAAGGGAUUUCAAGAGGUCAUCUGGUCCUGUCCUCUGGCAUAAUUAUCUUUAUUUUGCAGAUAAGGCUGUUUUAAGUGGUCAUUACUUUGACAUAUCUGUCAUAUCAUGGUGCAAAUAAGCCCUUUUCCUCCUGGGUGAAGUGUGACCUCCAGAUGCACACAGGUGCUCCAGGUGGAAGGGAACAGGAAGGUCAUGCCCCUUAGGAGCAAGGGUGAGUUUUCCGAGGUUUUGAGGUGGUCUCUCUCAUCCACUCCCCAGGGGCAGCGGUCCUUGCCCUGAAGGCUCAGAGAGCUGGGAGAAUCACCUUCUGCUGCCCCUCCCCUUCUCCCUAAGAAAGCAGGGGAUGCACCUGCUUCUCAGGACUGGCCACAGCAGGAAAGGGGCUGCCAGGACACACUGUAUUCUUCUGGGGUUUUUCCGUCAAAGGAAAAUCUCUUUGACCCAUCUUGGGAAAAAAAAAAAACCAAAAAAACACAACAAAUGGAAGGAACCAGGAACAUCAGGGCUCCCUCCGCUGGCCUUUCUCCUGGCCCUGGGACCUCAUUGAAUGUGGGGGCCAGCAAGAACCUCCUGAGCAGCAGAAAUGUUUCCCACCAGACCGGCAAAGAGGCAUCGGGGGAAUUGUAGGAAAGGUAGGGGACAUGUGUGCAUGCUGUGAAAAGCUGCUCCAACUCUGGCCUCAGUCGCUAGAAUUAAACCCAAGAGCUUUUCAUCACCUAAGUAAUUGAGAUGUGGGUCUUUUAUAGGGGCUGGGGCCAGUUUCUCAGUAACGUUUAUACCAGUAGGAUGCUGGCAAGCCAAAAAGUGAAACUUGGGGAGACUGUUAAUUAAGUGCCUUGGAGAGGAUUGUGCAUGAUUUACCGUAUCCAAAACCAGAGUUUUCUUUAUGGAAGAAAGCGACUUGUGUCCUCCCCAACAUCACACACACACUUUCCUGGCAGGCACGAUGGGUUUCCAAACAUUUCGUCACCGUCUCUUCCUGACCUUGGUGUGAAAGGAACGAGCCGCGUGGCCUGUUGGUUCCAGCAAGGCCAUCGGGGGCGCCGGCCUGGGCUGGGGGAGGGUGGCGACCGCCUCAAGGAGUGGAGGUGAGGUCUACUGGAAAUCCCCAGCCCGGGCAGCCGCCGGAGGUUUAAAGACGCCUUCCCCGGCCUUAUUUGGUCGCAGGAAGUGGGCGGCGCCGGGCCUGCUGGCGGAGAGGCCGACCCGAGACAGUUGUGCUGAUGAAGUGGUAGAGCUGGUUUCUGCUCGCCGCCGUGCCGCGCGCGCCGGCCCGCCGCUGGGUGCUCCGCGCUCCCAGCCCCGAGUUGUGCAAUCCUUUGUAGCACGCCAGAGUCCUCCUCCUUCGCUGUUGCCUCUCGCCCUCUCUCUCUCUUUUUUUUUCAAGCUGUGAGCUCAACCGAUGAGUCAGAGCAGUGCAAUCCUGACACUGCAUCGCAGGACUGGGGGUGACACGAAGGGAGGGAGAGCGAUCGCGAGGCGGACACCACUGGCGCGGGGUGCGCCGAGGCUCCUGCACCGCGAGCGAGGGGUGACAGCCCGCGCGUCCCUCCCGGGCCCUGCCAGCAAACUUCCCAGCCUCGGGAGGCGCAGGCUGGCGGAAGCAUUGCGAGCGCCGCGGGGAGGCGGCGGCGGCGCCUGUUUGUUUUUAAAAUCGAGGAGUGCGUGCAGGCGGCUGGAGUCUGGGAGGCGACUGAAGGCGGCGGCCCACAGCGGAAGGGGGACAGCCGAUGCCAGAGCUCGGGCAGGAGCGGGACUCCAGGGCCUUGCGAGCAUCAUGAACUUGGAAGAGUAGACGAGCCCAAGAGCCUUCAGGGCAAAGGAAGGAAGAGCCAGCAGUUCUUUCUCCCUGUGCCUGGCCGGUCAUCCAGCAUUUUCCUCUGCCCCUGCUCUGCCUCCUCUGGCUCCUGGACUAGGGCCGGGCUUCCAGCAGGACCUUCCCCCAGGGGAUGGGCAACUGGUGAAUUAGGUCUCACUGCCGGGGCCACACCAUGAACCUCCAGGCCCAGCCCAAGGCUCAGAACAGGCGGAAGCGUUGCCUCUUUGGGGACCAGGAACAAGCUCCCAAGGAGCAGCCCCCACCGCUGCAGGCCCCACAGCAGCCCCCGGCCCCUCCACAGUCCACCAGGGUGAAGGAGGAGACUUACUUUGGGCACGAGGGGCCGGCAGGGGUCGCCCCUGCCUCCCAGCCUGUGGAACUGCCCCCUCCCAGCAGCCUGGCCCUGCUGAACUCUGUGGUGUAUGGGUCUGAGCGGACCACGGCGGCCAUGUUGUCCCAGCAGGUGGGCUCAGUCAAGUGGCCCAACUCUGUGAUGGCUCCAGGGCGGGGCCCGGAGCGUGGAGUGGGUGGAGGCGUCAGUGACAGUGGCUGGCAGCAGCAGCCGGGCCAGCCUCCACCCCACUCAACGUGGAACCGCCACAGCCUGCCCCUCUACAGUGGACCCAAGGGGAGCCCUCAUCCUGGCAUGGGGGUCUCUACCUACUAUAACCACCCUGAGGCACUGAAGCGGGAGAAAGGAGGGGGACCGCAGGUGGACCGCUAUGGAAACGCUGUUCGCCCAAUGAUGCCGCAGAAGGUGCAGUUGGAGGUGGGGCGGCCCCAGGCACCCCUGAACUCUUUCCAUGUGGCCAAGAAGCCCCCAAACCAGACGCUGCCCCUGCAACCCUUCCAGCUGGCAUUCGGCCACCAGGUGAACCGGCAGGUCUUCCGGCAGGGCCCACCGCCCCCCAACCCUGUUGCUGCCUUCCCGCCGCAGAAGCAGCAGCAGCAGCAGCAGCAGCAACAGGCAACCCUGCCCCAGAUGCAGCUCUUCGAGAACUUCUACCCCAUGCAGCAGCCGCCCUCUCAGCAGCCCCAGGACUUUGGCCUGCAGCCGGCCGGGCCACUAGGGCAGUCCCACCUGGCUCACCACAGCAUGGCACCCUACCCCUUCCCCCCCAACCCUGAUAUGAACCCAGAACUGCGCAAGGCCCUCCUGCAGGAGUCCGCCCCGCAGCCUGUGCUACCUCAGGCCCAGAUCCCCUUCCCCCGCCGCUCCCGCCGCCUCUCUAAGGAGGGCGUCCUGCCUUCCACCGCCCUGGAUGGGGCUGGCACCCAACCUGGGCAGGAGCCCGCCAGCAACCUGUUCCUACAUCACUGGCCCCUGCAGCAGCCACCAGCCGGCCCCCUGGGGCAGCCCCAUCCCGAAGCUCUGGGAUUCCCGCUGGAGCUGAGGGAGUCACAGUUGCUGCCUGACGGGGAGAGACUGGCACCCAAUGGUCGGGAGGCUCCUGCCAUGAGCAACGAGGAAGGCAUGCGGGCGGUGGGCACGGGGGAGUGUGGGCAGGUGCUACGGGGUGGGGUGAUCCAGAGCACACGACGGAGGCGCCGGGCGUCCCAGGAGGCCAAUUUGCUGACCCUGGCCCAGAAGGCAGUGGAGCUGGCCUCACUACAGAACACAAAGGAUGCCAGUGGCUCUGAGGAGAAGCGGAAAAGUGUAUUAGCUUCAACUACCAAGUGUGGAGUGGAGUUUUCUGAGCCUUCCUUAGCUGCCAAGCGAGCACGAGAGGACAGUGGGAUGGUACCCCUCAUCAUCCCAGUGUCUGUGCCUGUGAGGACUGUGGACCCAACCGAGGCAGCUCAAGCUGGAGGUGUUGAUGAGAAUGGGAAGGGCUCUGAACAGAACCCCACUGAACACAAGCCGUCGGUCAUCGUCACCCGCAGGCGGUCCACCCGUAUCCCCGGGACUGAUGCCACCGCUCAGGCUGAGGACAUGAAUGUCAAGUUGGAGGGGGAACCUUCAGUGCGGAAACCAAAGCAGCGGCCAAGGCCUGAGCCCCUGAUUAUCCCCACCAAGGCGGGCACCUUCAUCGCCCCUCCCGUCUACUCCAACAUCACCCCAUACCAGAGCCACCUGCGCUCUCCUGUCCGGCUGGCCGACCACCCCUCUGAGCGGAGCUUUGAGUUGCCCCCGUACACACCACCCCCCAUCCUCAGCCCGGUGCGAGAAGGCUCCGGCCUCUAUUUCAAUGCCAUCAUGUCAACCAGCAGCAUCCCGGCCCCUCCUCCCAUCACGCCAAAGAGUGCCCAUCGCACCCUCCUCCGGUCUAAUAGCGCUGAAGUCACCCCGCCUGUUCUCUCUGUGAUGGGGGAGGCCACCCCAGUGAGCAUCGAGCCACGGAUCAACGUGGGCUCGCGUUUCCAAGCAGAAAUCCCCUCAAUGAGGGACCGUGCCCUGGCAGCUUCAGACUCCCACAAGGCCGACUUGGUGUGGCAGCCAUGGGAGGACCUAGAGAGCAGCCGAGAGAAGCAGAGGCAAGUGGAAGACCUGCUGACAGCUGCCUGCUCCAGCAUUUUCCCUGGAGCUGGCACCAACCAGGAGCUGGCCCUGCACUAUCUGCAUGAGUCCAGGGGAGACAUCCUGGAAACGCUGAAUAAGCUGCUACUGAAGAAGCCCCUGCGGCCCCACAAUCACCCACUGGCAACUUAUCACUACACAGGCUCUGACCAGUGGAAGAUGGCUGAGAAGAAGCUGUUCAACAAGGGCAUUGCCAUCUACAAGAAGGAUUUCUUCCUGGUGCAGAAGCUGAUCCAGACCAAGACCGUGGCCCAGUGCGUGGAGUUCUACUACACCUACAAGAAGCAGGUGAAAAUUGGCCGCAAUGGGACGCUAACUUUCGGCGAUGUGGAUACAAGUGAUGAGAAGUCAGCCCAGGAAGAGGUUGAAGUGGAUAUUAAGACUUCCCAGAAGUUCCCAAGGGUGCCUCCUCCCAGAAGAGAGUCCCCAAGUGAAGAGAGGCUGGAGCCCAAAAGGGAAGUAAAGGAGACCAGGAAGGAGGGGGAGGAAGAGGUGCCAGAGAUCCAGGAGAAAGGGGAGCAGGAAGAGGGGCGAGAGCGAAGCCGGAGGGCAGCGGCUGUCAAAGCCACACAGACACUACAGGCCAAUGAGUCGGCCAAUGACAUCCUCAUCCUGCGAAGCCAUGAGUCCAACGCCCCUGGGUCUGCUGGUGGCCAGGUCUUGGAGAAGCCGAGGGAGGGGGCAGGGAAGUCACGAAGGGCACUACCUUUUUCAGAGAAGAAGAAAAAAACAGAGACAUUUAAUAAGACGCAGAAUCAGGAGAACACUUUCCCUUGUAAAAAAUGUGGCAGGGUGUUUUACAAGGUGAAGAGCCGCAGCGCCCACAUGAAGAGCCACGCGGAGCAGGAGAAGAAGGCCGCGGCGCUGAGGCUGAAGGAGAAAGAGGCCGCGGCCGCAGCGGCGACUGCCGCCGCCGCCUCCCCGCACCCGUCGGCCCUGCGGGAGGAGAGCGCGGGCGAGAGGGGCUGAGGUCCCGGGCUCGGGGAGCCAGGGCGGCCCUCCUCCGGCCCGGCCCUCCCCGCACCAGCCUGCCAAAGCGUCUGCGAGCACCCCACGACCUCCAGAGGGAGAGAGGAGAGAUCGCGUGGACUUGUCUCUGCAAAACAAAUAAGACAAUAAAAUAAACGGCUCGUUUAUUUAUAAAGGCCCCGGGAGCAGUGUUAAGGGCUGCAGGAUCCAGUUCUCUUUGCAUUCAGUCUGUCGGAAGUUGUCCUCAUGCUUUCCCGAAACUGUGAGAGUCCCUGCUCACGGGGGCUGCCCCUCCGGAGGGGCUCCAGCCGCUGCCACCGCUGGACCUGUGCUGCCGCGCAAUCUCUUCAUUUCCUCUUUGUUCCUCCUGCUCCCCUUGGUCACCAUGGAGAGCCAAGCACAAGCUCACCCCCCCCCCCCCCCGCCUCCCCCCGCCCCCCCCUCGCUUGCAGCAUUAGUCCCCCUCCCCAGAGGACCUGAAAGGCUACACAGGCCCUGCCCCAAGCCCCGGAAAAAGAGACUCCCUUGGAGGGACUUGGGUGGCCAUCUCUGAGGGGGAGCUUAGCCUGGCACUGAGCUGUCCCCUGCGUGAUAAUGUGCAGGCCUAAGCUGCUCCAGUGACCCUGUCCUCAGAGAGCCCACCUCCUCCCUGGGAGGGAGGCUGUGAGAAUGCCCGGAGGGAGAAAGGCUGAGGACAGCUGCCUGUCCCUUUGCUGCUUGCUAGCAGCCUGCUGGGGCUAGAAAGUUUUCUCAGAUGUUAGGGGAAGAGGCCAGUGUUCCCCUCCAAGCUCUCAGCCUGCCAGAGGGAAGGGACCGAUGCAGAGGACCAGGCUGCAGGGCUAGGCGUGAGGGAGCUUUUGAUAAGCCUUGGCUCUUCCUGCUUCCCACCUUUUUACCAAAUACCUUUGGGCCCUGGAGGCUGCUAAGGGAGCUUAGCCUAGGCCCAUCCUGCUCCUCCUUGGUGCAAGUUCCCUGCCGGCCUCUGUCCUGCCCUUGGCAGCUGCAACCUAACCUCACUUCACCUGUUCUAGCGCUGACAUCCACAGCCUAGCCCCCAGUCUUGCAUGCUGGAGAUUUCUGGAUCCUUCCCUGGGAGGGGGAGGUCUCCUAACCAGAUUGGACAGGAGCCUUCAUUCCUUGACUUGUGUCAUUUGGGAGCUAUUUAUUUAUUCUUAAUAUUUAAUUUUUAACAUCCUCUCAGGGACCAGGGGCUUCCUGCUUUCCAGAGGCCCAAGUGCAUUUAUCCCAAAACAAGGCACCUUCUUGGCAUCCGCCCCAUCCCCCGAUUCCCCAGACCCUAAGGUCCCUCGCCUCACUGCUCUGGAAACUUGCCAAUAGGAAUGACAGUAGCACUGAAAGGUGGAAGGUGUCACCAAAGCCACACAGAGAUGGGCAGGAACAAGGGAGAGCAAAGGCAGUUCUUGUUGCUACCUUUUCUCUGGCUGUACUUUCAAAUUGCCUGAGAGGAUUGGCUGGAAGCCAGGAUUCUGGUUUUGUUUCUGUCUUGAAGAAGCCAUGUUUGGUGUGGAGUCACUGAAGUGAAAGGGCUGAAAGGGUCUAGAGGCCUCUUCACUUGCCAGUCCCAUAGGAGGGCUAUUUUUUUUUGGGUCUGUUGUGUAAAAGAAGUUCUAAGUGAAUGCAAGUCUAUGACAGGUCAACAUGUUAGGAAGGAGCCAAAAAGUAUUCCUUCCGCUCCCUAUGAGAUAGCCUGAAGGCAUCAUGGCGGGAGCUGGGAGCGGGGAGGGAGUUUUGUUUCUAAACUAUGCACUAUCAGGUAUCUUUCAGCAUUCAUUUAUGCAUUAAUAUGGUUCUAUAGGACUCCAGCUAUGGGAAUAACAAUAUUCUCCCCCCAGACUCCUGGAUCUCCAACUUCCCAGUUAGUUUCCUCCAUAGGCUUCUACAAGUUCAAUGUCCCAAAAUUGCAAAAAUCUGAUACGCCCUCCAGAAACAGGAGGGUAGCAAAUUUAGGCUCUCUUCUAAAUCACUUGUGUAAUACGAGUGCCUUCACAGCUUCUCCCCAAAGUGCUACUUAUGUUUCCCAAGGUUUUUUCUGUUUAAACCGUAUUUAGUUCCAGGCCCCUUUAUGGACAUGUGGGAACAGAAACCUCCUUCGUCCAGAGUGACUCUCCUCUUCUAAGCUCACGGAGACCAGACCAGGUGAAUGUAGGUGGAGAAAAUCAAGAUGGUACCUCUCUGUAUUAAUCCCACAAGACACCGCAUUUUAGAAGGGUUCAUGCUCCAGGAUGGAUUUAUAUCUAGAAUGCAACGUGAAAGUUAAAAUGCUUAGAGGGCAGAUGCAAUUGUGGCAAGUGCCCUGCCAAUAAAGUAGGUGCAGCCGUAGAAGCUGGCAGAGGUAUAUCUUUUAUGGUGCUUUCUCCCUGUGAACACAUUGGGCUCAUCUUUCGUUUUUUCAUUUUCUUUUUUAUUCUAUUCAGAGCUCUUUGCGUUAAGAAGUUAAAUGACAAACAGCUCCGGCUUUAUAAUAUCCUCCCCACGUCAUCUCACAUAUCCAUCUCCCAGCCUCCAUUACACUCAGCUAAGGGCAUGAAACUAACCUAGUGCCUGUGUUCCAGACCAUUUCUGAGGUCUCUUGCCCACCCAAGGAGACAGGGCUUCAGCACUGUCCUCCAUGCCUUCAGCAGCCCCCCUCACAGCUAAGGUACACCCACCCCUUCUGCCACCCCACCUCCACCCCUGGCACAGAGGUCGUGCGCUGCUUAUGUCUAAAGGGAUCCCCUAUAUUUAACUGCCUCAGUGACCUAACCUCUUUCUUAUGUGCCAGAUGUUAAGAUGAAGGAGGAAUACAAUACAUGCUCAAGCCUCAGUGUUUAAAUGUUUCCACUGGGACUCACUUUUCUCAGAUGGUAUUUAUUACCAGACUGGCGAGCCUAACUCCUUAGGUUUACAGCAAGUAUGCAUAUUUUUAUAAAACAAUUGUAUGUCCUCCCCAUAUUUUGCUGUGUUAAUAUUUGCCUCUAACUAACAAUUUGCAGCUGUUUCUCCUUUUCCUCAUUUCUCUCUAAGUUGAGGGCCUUGUUGGAGGGGACAGAGCACAGGAACAGCCUUGACAGUCUGUAAUUAUUGUACAAAUAUUUUAAUAGCAUAUAAAUAAGUAUAUUCCUUUUAUUUUGAAAAAAAAUCAGACACUGCCUUUUGUGUGUUUGUUGCCUGUGGCACCCUUUUUUAAAGACUGUUACAUAUUAAAAUAGUGUACAUAUAUAUAAAUAUUACCUCUUUUGCUGUACAGUUGUGAUAGACCAGACUGAAGAUUUUAUUUUUUGUGUGCUUUUUAUAAAAAAAUUAAUACACUAAAGAAAAUCUUGCUGAUGUGAUUGUAAUGUACCUAUGUAACUUAUUUACUUUUGAAUGUUCUUCUGUAUCUUUAAGCCUUUUAUUAAAUAAGGUUUUAAAAAUUCA